UGAAUCUUCCGUCUUCAAAACAUCGGGGCAGAUACUACAUACACCUUGGAAAUUACUAGAGCAUUUUUACAAUAUUCCCUGUCAAUAUAUUUUCGUUUGAUUAUUUCGGUAACCGAGAUGCAGAACUCCGGACGCGGGGCCGACCACUUCAACUUUAUCACGCGGACGGAUCGAAAAAGUCUGCAUACGCAGAUCGGCCUCUUGGUGACCAAAGCAAAACAGGUGGCCGCAGCCGAGCUUCAGGAACGCAGCCGAAGGCUAAAAAAAAUGCUGGAUGAGGAGGACAAGCGCUACGAAGAGGAGUUCUCAAACACGGUGAAGACCCGAAUCGACCAGGAUAUCAAGGAACGGAAGGAGCACCUGCACGCCAUCAAGGAGCAAGUGGCCAAGCAACAAAAGAAGUUUCUGGAGGAAAAACACAUCCAGCAAGUCAUGCUCGAUUGUUAUGAGAUUCGGGAGGCCCUGCGGCAGCAAGAUCUCGUGGAGACAAAGAUAGUCCAAGAGGAGCAAAUUUUGGAUAACCAGCGGAAGAAGCAUCGUGAGUGCCAGCAGGAUCAGUAUUGGCUAGAGCUAAAUCGCCGCCGAUGGGCCCAGUUUGACUGUAACCAGGCGGAGGAGAAUCUGCGGCGCCAUCAAAUGCAGGAACACGUUAAUCAUGUCCUGGCCAUCCAAGUGGCUGAGAACGAGGAGAAACGCAAGAAAGCAGAGGCGGAGAGGGACGAGGAAGAGCGGGUUCUAAACGCCCUGCUGGAGGAGAUCCGCCUGGAGGAGUUCGAAAAGGAACACCAACCCGCUCCCGUGGAUCAGCUCGCCUACCAGGCCGACCUGCUCAAGGAGAUCGAGCGAAAGAGGUGCGCCCGUCUGGCGGAGUGGGAGGCGGACAAGGCUGAUCACCUGGCCUUUUGCCGGGAAACGGAGCGUCUAGAAGCGGAGGCUCGUGCCAGGAUUGCUCAGUCUAAGAAGGACCUCAACCGUGCUACCUUGGAAUACCUGGCCUACCUCCGACGCAUGCAGUCGCUUGAACUUGGAAUCGAGAAAAUGAUGGACGAGCGCACCGCCGAUCUCUACCAGCUAGACAUGUGCACAAAGGUCAACAUCACCGAAAGGGUACGGGUGAAACGGGAGGCUGCGGAGAAGUGCUACGACGCCCUCCGGAAGCAGGUCUGCGAGGACUACGAACGCAGAAUCCGGUCUGAUGCUGAACUUCGGGAGAACAAAAUGAUGGAGAACCGAUUUGUUCAUCCGGAAGUCACUCAUCAAAUGAUUGUGUGCCGCCAGAUCCGAUACAAGGCGGAUUUGGAUGCACAAAUCAAAGAGAUGAAGCGCAUCCAGGCGGAGGAAGAGAAACGAUUUGACAGUCGCCUGAUGGCCGCUGUUGACAAUCCAAUUGCUUGCAAAAGAUUUGCUAAAGAGAUUCUGGAAAAGGGCAUUGAUUACUUGGCUCCGCAUCCCAACUGGAGGGUUAUGGCCUGCAAUCCUACUAAGUACAUACUCAGACCGCCGACCACGGAGCAGGAGUACAAUGUCAGAGUUGCCGAUGCCAGUGUGGACAAGUGCCCUUGUCCCAGGGAAGCCCGAAAGUACUGCGGAUUCAUGACUGAAGUCGGUACACUGGAUGUGCCCCCUGAGGGACCCAAGGUCCCAGUGAAGCGGAGUGCGAUUGAGCCGGCCCAGGAACCACAAAAACCUGGAUUCCGUAACUGCCGUUGCAAAUUUUAUUAGAGCAAAAGUAUUUUUAAAGUAAAUUCUAAUUUGGUUAGAAGCUAAGAACUUGAAGCUAUUAAAGGGAACACUUCUAUCAUUCUAAACUA